AGUAGCACUAAUCUUAGCACCAAAACCAAACUUUCUUUUGUACCAAAAUAAUAUCACCAUGGCUUCUCCCCACCUUCUCUCUCUCCUUUCCGCCAUAACCAUCUUCCUCACACUCCUCUCCAGGGCACACUCACAAGACAACUUCACCGAGUUCACCUUCUCCAAAUUCGACUCCACGAACAUUAAAAGCCUCAUCUUCCAGGGCGAUGCAAAGCUCUCAUCAAACUACAUCCAACUCACCAAAACAAACCCCACCAACGGCAACCCUCUCAAGAACAGCGUCGGAAGAGUCAUCCACUCCUCCCUCAUUCAUCUCUGGAACAGCAAACAAACCCCUCCUCAAUUCUCCACCAUCGAAACCACCUUCAAGAUCCGCCUCACUUCCCCCACAAGGGAGAUCGCCGGCGACGGCCUCACCUUCUUCAUUGCCCCCGCCAGCAUCUCCAAGACCCCCAUUCCCAACGACUCCGACGGCGGUUACUUCGGCCUUUUCGGCAACAACACCUUGCCUUCCACCGUUGACUAUCCAAACAGUCCUAACCCCAUCAUCUUCGUGGAGUUUGAUAACUACGUCGAUGGAAGGUGGGACCCUACUUACAAGCACAUCGGAAUCAACGUCAACACCACUAGAUCUAGGGCUGCGAUUCCAUGGGAUAGAAAAAAUGGUGAGAUCCUCACUGUAAAAGUUGAGUACAAUCCUUUCAACAAGUUACUCUAUGUUACUUCUUCUUACGGAAGUGACAUCCCUUAUGAGGUGUCUUCUUCCGUGGAAUUAAACGGCCUGCCGGAGUAUGUGAAAGUAGGGUUCUCCGCCUCCACCGGCGACAGCGCCGUCGAGAACCACGACCUCAUCUCGUGGAGCUUCAGUUCUUGGUUGCACAAUGUCUCUGCCUUGACCACCACUGCCCAACUCAACCAACCUCUACAAGCUCCAGAGGCUACACAUGCUUCACUUUUCUCAGCUUGAGAGAUAUCACCCACUUUAGUUUUUAUUUUCUUUUCCAGGACAAAAUGUCAGAAUUUAACGGUUGGAUUUGAGCGAUGGGGAGUGAGUUGUACCUUUUUGUUCGAUCCAAUGGCUAUCCUAGUUUCUUAGAAGGGAAAAGAAUUUCUGACGAUAUUUUCUUUCUUGCAUUAUUGCUUUUUUUUUUGGAUGUAGCUCGCGUGGGUCAUGUGAAAAAUGAAUAAAGUGUUGUCAGUGGUUGAUGUAUA